CUUCGCCGGGCUCCCUUGUGGCUCUGCCCCUGCAGAUGCUGUUUCCCGGGCUGUUGUCCUGGAUGUGGGUGCAGGGGCUGGGCAAACUCUGGACUAAGAGUCUGCUGGUCCUGCUUGGUCUCAAAGUGCUGGAACUGAGAUGCUGGCUCUCGUGGAAUGACUGACCCCAGCACCAUUGAAACGAACGAGGAGAUCGAGAUCGCCUAUCCCAUCACGUGUGGGGAGAGCAAAGCCAUCCUGCUUUGGAAGAAGUUUGUCUGUCCAGGAAUUAAUGUCAAGUGUGUAAAGUUCAACGACCAACUGAUCAGCCCAAAGCAUUUUGUUCACCUGGCUGGCAAGUCUACCCUAAAGGACUGGAAAAGAGCCAUUCGUCUUGGAGGAAUCAUGCUGAGGAAGAUGAUGGACUCGGGGCAAAUCGACUUCUACCAGCACGACAAAGUUUGUACCAACACCUGCCGAAGCACCAAGUUCGAUCUCCUCAUCAGCAGUGCCAGAGCACCGGUGCCAGGGCAGCAGAGCGUGGUGCAGACUCCCACAUCAGCGGACGGGAGCAUCACCCAGAUUGCGCUGUCGGAGGAGAGCAUGGAGGAGGGGAUCGAGUGGAACUCGGCUCUGACAGCUGCCGUCACCAUGGCCACUGAGGAAGGCAUGAAAAAGGACACGGAUGAGAUCUCGGAGGACACACUGAUGUUCUGGAAGGGAAUAGCUGAUGUGGGGCUGAUGGAAGAGGUCGUCUGCAACAUCCAGAAGGAGAUAGAAGAGGUGCUAAGAGGCGUUCAGCAAAGGCUGGGUCAGUCUCCUUUCCAAAUGACAGAUGCUGCAGUCUUGAAUAACGUUGCGCACACAUUUGGCCUAAUGGACACAGUCAAGAAGGUGCUGGACAACAGGAAAAACCAGACGGAGCAAGGAGAAGAGCAGUUUCUUUACACUCUGGCAGCAAACCCCCCCAGGGGCCCCCGCCGGCAGCGCCCGGCCUCCGCCACCGUCCUCAGCCCCUCCACCCCCAUCCAGCAGCCGCAGUUCACGGUCAUCUCGCCCAUCGCUCUCGCGCCCGUCGGGCAGCAGUUCUCCGUGGGCAACAUCCCGGUGGCGACCAUUAGCCAAGGCUCCAGCCCGGUGACUGUGCACCCCUUGCCCAGCGGCUCGCAGCUCUUCCGCUACGCCACCGUGGUGUCCUCGGCCAAGAGCGGCUCCUCCGACACGGUGACCCUGCACCCGUCGUCCAGCCUGGCGCUGCUCAGCUCGGCGGCCGUGCAGGACAGCGGGGCCCUGGCCAACGUGGCGGCCGUGGUGAACCCCGUGGAACUGGGGGCCAUGGAGUCCGGCCUCACCUCCACCAUCCAAGCCGUGGAGGGCACCUCGGAUGACGGACAGACCAUCAUAGAGAUCGACCCGGCGCCGGAUCCCGAGGCCGAUACAGACGAUUCGGAGGGCAAAGCCGUGAUCCUGGAGACGGAGCUGAGGACUGAGGAGAAAGUGGUGGGAGAAGAGGAGGACCAUCUGCAAAAUGGCUCCGUGCACCAGAAGGACGGGUUAAACGACGACGACUUCGAGCCCUACUUGAGCCCCCAGGCCAGGCCGCACUAG